AAGCCAUAUAUUUGGAUCCGUCAAACGUUUGGGGACACAAGUCACACAACAAAUUCCGCCCAAAACUUUCGUGCCCCAUACAAUCCAGAUCUAGGGUUUCAUUGCGUUCUCUUGUGCGAUCUGAAAAAUGGACUUCGAUUUGGACGACAAAGAUCGUACGUUCAUCUCUCAUUCACCCACCUGGGAUGAUGCAGAACCCGAGCUAAAGAAGCAGAGGCUCUGCGUCGGAGACAGCGAUGGAAGCAGCGGCGAAAACAACAGCAAUGGAAGCGGCAGCAGCAGCAGCAGCGGCCUCAGCACCGUAUUCAUUGGGAACGAACAUGACGAUGUGUACUUUGAGAAGUUCAAGUACGUGCUUGAGCCAGAAGACUACGAGAACUGGACUCAGGAGCGAAAACGACAAUCAUCAGCUAGAUAUCUCCAAUGGCUACUAUCUCGACUUUAUUCCAGCAAUCUAUGGUCGGUAUGGGAUUAGAGCUAUAGAUUUAACUGGCGAGGAUUAUCUAGGUCGUUUUUUCCCACCUCUCAUGAGGUGCAUUGAGGUUGCUCUGAAAAAACAAAAGGAGGAGGAACUGGAAUUGGUUGGCAUAGUGAGGGCCAAUUACGAUAUUGGCUAUGGCUUUGUGUAUUGGAUAACGAUGGACGUCAGGGAUAAAGGUUUUAGAGAAAUCAAAACUUGCAUUUGUAAAGUACACUAUGGAGUUAAGGGUGGGGCUGAGGAUGAUAUGAUUGUUGAACAUUUCAAGUUUAUCCCUUCAAAUUUUAAAUAUAUGCAAGAAACAAGUUUGAAUGAACAAGCUUCAAGCGCUUUUGCUACUGCUUGAAUCUUGAGUUAUCAUACAUAAGUUCUUGACCAAUUGCACUAUGAACAACUCUGGAUGAACAAGCAUCAAGCCUUUUCGGGGAGAUUGGAUAUUGAGCCACCGUAGAUAUUAUUAUUUGCAUGAGAUGAGCUCUUGACUAAUUGCAUUCUGUAGAUGUAGUGUUAUAUUAGUUAUUGAACCCAUAUAACUUCAUAUCAAAAGGACUUGUCUAUAUUGGCUAGUAGUAGCCCAUAACUGUAUUUGAAAUCCCCAAUGGAAUUGACAUAUACAAAUGAAACCUCCAGUCAAAAUUUCCAAAUGCAUAUGUGUAAAAGGUUUGAAAAGUCUUAUGAAUACACACAUACUAUGUUAUUUCUAAAAACAUGGGAACAUUAAUUUAUAUUUGAACUAAACAUUAGUCUUUAUUAAGAUAUGGGUCCUUGCAAAAAGUUGUAAGUUAAGAGUAAACUCCUAAUUAUAUACCUAGUACUUUGUAGAAAUACAAAAGAAUUAAAAGAAGUAGCGGUCAACUAAUUAUAUUGCAUAUACUUUGUUGUUCUAGACAUAUAUUGGGUCAUCUUUGUAUUCGCAUCGAUCGAAGCAAUAUACAAUAUUGAAAACUGAGUCUUGAUCUACCUGUCUAGGUGCCAGCCCAAGAUUUGGUGAAUUUUGUGCCCCAUCAUCAUUCAAAUCAUUUCAUCAAUGACCUAAGUAAGGUGUUUAGACAUGCACCGCGUGAGGAUGUGUUUCU